UCCGUGCCGUUCCCCAGUUUCGCGCUCCGGUCAACAAACGCUUCUUCACCCCUUCGGCAUACACAUGACUAUCAAAGCUUACUUUGAUUGCUCCUGGACUGGGCCCGAAGUCCAGGUGGACAACGCUGGCAAUGUCACCAAGCAGGGCGAGGUCAAAGCCCAGACCGGUCGCAUCAACUUCGAGGUUUAUGACGAUGUCGUUCCCAAGACGGCUGAGAACUUCCGCGCUCUCUGCACGAGCGAGAAGGGCUUUGGGUACAAGGGCUCCAAGUUCCACCGUGUGAUCCCGGACUUCAUGCUUCAGGGUGGUGAUUUCACUCGCGGCAACGGCACUGGUGGCAAGUCCAUCUAUGGCGAGAAGUUUGCCGACGAGAACUUCAAGCUCAGGCACGACAAGCCCUUCCUUCUGUCCAUGGCCAACGCCGGCCCCAACACCAACGGCUCUCAGUUUUUCAUCACCACCGUCGUUACCUCCUGGCUUGACGGCAAGCACGUUGUCUUUGGCGGCGUUCCCGACGGCGAUGUCGAGUCUUACAAGGUUGUCCGAGCAAUCGAGCUCACUGGUAGCGGAAGCGGCACCAUCAAGUACAAGGACGGCCAGCCUACUAUUACCGGCGCUGGUACUCUGUAAAUGGCUGGGAAAGGGCGGCAUACUGUUUGCGACAGUUAUCAUAUUUAUCAACUGUCACAUGCAAUGACAACCUCUCAGGAAGCUGCAGUCGCCGGUGCAGUUCCACAACUCUUCUGGUAGUUACGAUUAAACGAUAUAUCACUCAACUCCCAAAA